AUGGGAACUACCGAGAAAACUAAUCUUCUCGAUAGGAAAACUUGUGAGAAUGCUUCUACAUCCGAACAUGUUAAAGUUUCACGAAUUGAAGUUCCAACAAUUGAAGAAGUGAUAACUUCUACGCCUCAACCGAUUCCAGUUCCAACAAUUGAAGAAGUGAUAACUUCUACGCCGGUUCAAGUUUCAAGAAUUGAAGAAGUGACAACUUCUAUGCCUCAACGAGUUGAAGUUGUAGAUGAUUUUUUGAAUUCUUUAGAACGUGAUCCUGGAAAGCGUUCCCCAAUAUGGUCAUAUUCACCAAAUCAUAUCGAUCAAAUACGGAGAGCUUAUUUGAAAUGGGGUUCAUAUCGAAUCCUUUUAGAAGAAUAUCCUUUGUCCGGUAAAGAGAAUCAUCUAAGACGGUUUCAACACACUUGGUUCGACAUCUUUCCUUUUUGGCUAGAAUAUUCACCUUCAAAGGAUGCCGCAUAUUGCUUACCAUGUUAUCUUUUUAGCAAAGAACCAAGUGUCUUUAUUACUACAGGUUUUAAAGGUUGGAAAAGACUUGUCAAGAGACAUGAUGAGUUACAAGAAGCCCAACUAUUAGAAAUUGAGCAUUUGUUGGAGAUUGAUGAGAUCAUUACCGGUAAAGGUGAAAAUCAAAUUGGUACUUUGUCAAGAGCUGCGACUACUCGUUGGGGAUCACAUUUCAGGUCUAUUUGCAGCUUGAUGAAUAUGUAUGAAGCAACUUGCCGUGUUUUAAAAACAUUAUCAAAAGAAGGACUAAGUUAUAUUACACGCGGGGAAGGUAAUAGUGGUUACAAUUACUUGAAGGAAUUCGGUUUCAUACUGAUCUUGCAUUUGAUGAAAGAAAUUAUGGGGAUAACAGAUGUGCUUUGUCAAGCUUUGCAAUCACAAUCUCAAGAUGUGGUUAAUGCUAUGAAUUUAGUUCGUGCAACAAAAACUCUUAUUCAAGAACUGAGAGAAGAUGGUUGGGAUAAAUUGUAUACUAAUGUGACGUCUUAUUGUGUAAGACAUGAUAUUGAGAUUCCGGAUCUUAAGUGUACUCAUUCAGCAACAAGAUUAGGACGCUCUCGUCUUGAAGAGAAUCAGGUCACAGUAGAGCAUUACUUUAAAGUUGAGAUAUUUUUUGCUAUCAUUGACCAACAAUUACAAGAGUUGAAUAGCAGAUUUAGUGAGGAAGUAAUGGAGUUGUUAACUCUAAGUUGUGCUUUGAAUCCCAAAGGUAAUUAUAAAGCUUUUAACAUUGAUACUAUAUGCACUCUAGUUGAAAAAUAUUAUCCUAUGGAUUUCAAUGAGCAAGAGAAGAUUACUUUGCAAUUUCAACUUCGGCAAUUUCUCGUUGUUGCUCGCCAAUCAAAAGACUUGAACAAUUUAUCAACUAUUCAAGAGUUAUGUUCAUGUUUGGUUGCAACUGAUAGGGCGACAAUCUACUACUUGAUUGAUAGAUUACUCCGUCUUAUCAUGACUCUUCCAGUUUCUACGGCUACAACCGAGAGAUGUUUUUCAGCAAUGAAAAUUAUUAAGACUAGGUUGCGAAACAAGAUGGAGGGUCGGUUUCUAGCCGAUAGCAUGACUGUUUACAUUGAAAGGGAAAUCGGUGCAAGUAUUAGUUCAGAUCUUAUAAUUGAUGAUUUCAAGGCACUUGGUACGCGUAGAUUAUUAUUUUAAGGUAUGUAGUUAAAUUUACAUAUGAUCAACUUUUUGUAUGCACUAUAAGUUUCAUAAUUAAUAUAUAAAUAUAUUGUAGUUUAUUUUAG